CACGUACUGUACCUUUCUCAGACCCUUUGGCUAAAUCAGCUCAACGUCCAACCAACAUUGUCUCGCGCCAUCGACCAAUCCACCCGUCUCCAUUGCUCUGUUGACAGAGACGAUAAUCAGAAAUCAAUUCUCUCCCAACAGGAAUUGGUCAAUGUACCGGUAUGGCCGCAUAGCCACUAUAAUUCGGGCCUCUGCGAGGGGUCUCGAAGCGUCACAUUUCACCACACCCGUGCGGCGUGCUGUCUUUGCUCGUCGACAUGUACACAUAAGCGUCCCACGGCGCUAUCAAAUUAAAGCCAAUCGGCAGGAACAUUCAAAGUGUGGCAUCGAUGUCAUAGUGGGCUCUUCAAAGAAUGACACUAUCUACGCCCUGUCCUCGGCCCAGGGCAGGGCUGGCAUAGCUGUCAUCCGAGUCUCUGGACCCGCAUGUCUGGACAUUUACCAGAAACUAUGCCCACGCAUGCGGCUACCAAAGCCUCGGUAUGCCACCGUCAGAACGCUCCAUGAUCCAGACCAUCAAAACGCGACGAAUGUCCUUGACUCAGGAGCCCUGGUCCUCUACUUCCCAGCCCCCAACACCGUCACUGGUGAGGAUGUCCUCGAGCUUCACACCCAUGGUGGGCCUGCCACCGUGAAAGCCGUGCUGGGUGCUAUUCCACGAUGUCAGUCGGUGUCAGACCCUAUGACCAGCAUCCGCUACGCCGAGCCUGGCGAGUUCACAAAGCGUGCCUUCCUUCACAAUCGCCUGGACCUGUCGCAGGUUGAGUCUCUCAGUGAUGUGCUGGAUGCCGAAACAGAGCAGCAGCGCCGGGCUGCAGUGCGCGGGAAUUCUGGUUCUCGCGGGAAAACCUACGACUCCUGGCGCGAGGAGCUUCUGCUCGCCAGGGGCGAGAUCGAGGCGCUGAUCGACUUCUCGGAAGACCAGCACUUUGACGAGUCGCCUCGGGAGCUGUUGCGGAACGUGACCGGGAUGGUUCGGAGAAUCCUUCGAUCGAUCGACAUCCACGAGAUGGCCGGGCAGAGGACGGAGCUUCUCAGGAAAGGAAUCCGAAUUGCGCUCCUGGGCCCGCCGAAUGUGGGAAAGAGUUCGCUCAUGAACCUGAUUGUUGGGAGGGAGGCCUCGAUCGUAUCCCGCGAGGCAGGCACCACGCGAGACAUCGUAGAAGCUAGCCUCGAUAUCGGCGGCUAUCUCUGCACCUUUGCCGAUACGGCGGGCAUCAGGACUUCUGCGCUGUCGACCGACGGUGCCAUCGGGCCAGUGGAAGAGGAGGGCAUCCGCAGGGCGCGCGUCAAGGCCCUCGGCUCCGAUGUCAUCAUUGUUCUCGCUUCGAUUGAGAGACACAUGGACGGCACGCAUUACAUCAACUACGAUGCGGAGACAUUGCAGCUGGCAGCCAAAGCUGAACAGCAUAUCAUUGUGGUCAAUAAAAGCGACUCGGUCAACAAGUCGAUCUUAGACUCGCUUCUGAAGGACUUUGCCUCAUCUAUCCACACGCAUGCUGGGACCCUAGCUGAGCCUCGCAUUAUCUCCUGCGCAAAGGCAAACGAUCAGACCGAGUACCUGGACAAGAAUGACCCUAGUGGCAUUCACGCCCUCACUCAAACCCUCGUCCAUCGGUUUGAGGACCUGACAUCUCUGCCUGAAGAUAUGCAGGACCUACUGGGCGGGACAGAGCGGCAGCGACAACUCCUGGCGCAGUGCAGGCUACAUUUGGAAGACUUCAUGCUUCAAGCUGAGGCCGGAGGCCUGGAGUCGGAUGACCUGGGUGACGAGCCUGAUAUCGUCCUUGCUGCUGAGCACUUACGUUACGCGGGAGAUUUUCUGGCCAGGAUCACCGGUCGUGGGGAUGCCGGCGAUGUGGAGGAGGUAUUGGGGGUCAUUUUUGAAAAAUUCUGUGUAGGAAAGUGAAUUAUGAUUAAGACGCAUGUCUUAACUAUUCUAGUCUUGUCUAGAAGCCCCAACGCCGACCCAAGAUAUGAAACGAUUGUGGUGCUCAGUGCAUCCGACUCUAUUCAACCAAUCUCAUGGGAUGGUUUACAUGACCAAGAAGUCCGGUUUUCUAGCCCUUCCGAUUCUAAUCGCCCGCCCAAAAUCAAGGUGUAGUGAAGGGGUAGGGAACAGGUGUGUGUGUGUGUGUGUGUGUGUGCCGAGGGGAUAGUAUACAAGGGGAGAACCAUAAUUGGUUGCGAAUGUGACAGGGAUAGUGAAGUGACAACCGCAACGCCGAUCUCAGUCUGAGCCUCUAUAUUCUACGGGGUGUUGGUAUACAACAGCCAGUGCCGGAUAUCUGGGCCGAUCCCGAUCUGGGGAUGCCCGUUCAGGGACAGAGCCGGCACUGGUCAUGGUGACUCGUGAGGAGUCGCCAGUGAGGUGUGGGACUCGAGCCGGCAGAAGACAUGCCAAUUACUCGAAGUUGAGCGACCUCUUGUUGUCCUUGUCGUCAUCGUCGGGCUUUGAGUUGUAGCCGGAGCGACCUUGGUUCUUGUCGUCAUCAUCGCCACCGUUGGGCUUGGAGUUGUAGCCGGAGCGGCCGUAGAGCAUGGGGCGCUCGUUGGAGAUCAUGGAGAAGACAGCCAUUGUAUUGGUGGUGGGGUUUUGUAUGAAGAGUAUAAAGGUGGUGGUGAUGGUGAUGGUGGUUGGUUGAGAGUUGUUGGUGUGUUGUGUGUUUUGAAUGGUUUGCUAGUGGGUGUGGUUGUGAGUGAUGAUGAUGAUGAGUUUGUUGACUGGAUUUCAAGGCCAGGCGAUGGGAUCUUAUAUAGACGAGGGAUAUGGGAUAUGAUGCUGCUGAGGUUGUAUGCUCGCCUCACGGCAUGGUAGGCCACACCAGACUGCGUUCUCAGUCAGAUCCGAGCAGACUACAUUCUCAGUCAGACCCUAACCGCCCGUCCCGUCUUCAGCCUCUUCCAUCGAUGGACCGGCACCACCAUCAUUCGCAGUAGGCGCAUUCUCACAGCCUCUCACCCUUGCGAAGGAUGACCUAAGGAUUCAGGGUUUCUCGGAUGCACAGGAUGCGCCUCCCACGCCAGGGAAUGACACCCACGGCGACGCUCUGGGCACACCCACUCGGGCCCCCUGCUGCCAUGUGGUAGCUGACGGGCUCAGGCAGCGAAAUUGGAGAUGACAGAUGCAACCUCAGGCCCCAGCCAAUCCGGCUGAGACAUUCGCCAAAUGCCUGGCAUGGAAGCCA